AUGGUGUUCUGGUGCUUCGUGGAGGUUGGCCGGGUGGCCUGCGUCUCAUUUGGGCCUCAUGCUGGAAAGCUGGUCACGAUUGUCGAUGUUAUUGAUCAGAACCGGGCUCUGGUGGAUGGACCCUGCACUCGGGUGAGGAGACAGGCCAUGCCUUUCAAAUGCAUGCAGCUCGCUGACUUCAUCCUCAAGUUCCCACACAGUGUCCGACAGAAGUAUGUACGAAAAGCUUGGGAGAAGGCCGAUAUCAAUACGAAAUGGGCAACCACAAGAUGGGCCAAGAAGAUUGAUGCCAGGGAAAGGAAAGCCAAGAUGACAGAUUUUGAUUGUUUCAAAGUCAUGAAGGCAAAGAAAAUGAGGAACAGAAUCAUCAAGACUGAAGUCAAGAAACUACAGAGAGCAGCUAUCCUGAAAGCCUCUCCCAAAAAGGCGCCUGCUGCAGCAGUUGCUGCUAAGGGUAAAGUUCCACCCAAGAAGGCGACAGGACCCGCCAAGAAGGCUGCAGGCCAGAAGGCUUCAUGCCAGAAGGCAGUACCUCCCGCUAAAGGUCAGAAGGGUCAGAAGACCCUAGCCCAGAAAGUACCUUCUUCAAAGGCAGCUGGCAAGAAAGCAUGA